CAACACCAACAACAAUAAUAUACCCUUUUCACUAAGCUCUUUGACGUCGUUUCUUUGGUCUUCAUCCACUCAUUUCCUUUUCUCUUAGACCAUACCAACGGCUGUCAUCAUGGCCGCAAAUCUGCAAGCCGUGGUUCAGCUUCUCGAUGCUACAUUGGAUCCCCGCCAGCAAAAGCAAGCGGAACAAGCACUUUUGCAGCAGGACAGGCAGCCAGGAUUUUCAUUAUCUAUUCUGCAAAUCGUCGCAAAUAACUCUUUUCCUUACACAAGCCGACUCGCUGCGGCCCUCUUCUUCAAAAACUUCAUUCGCCGGAACUGGACGGAUGAGGAGGGAAACUACAAGCUCCCCCAAAAUGAAGUGAUUGCGAUCAAACAAGAGCUCAUCGGCUUGAUGAUCUCAGUUGAGCCGGCGAUUCAGGCCCAACUAGGAGAUGCUAUUAGUGUAAUUGCUGAUAGCGAUUUCUGGGAGAGAUGGGAUACCCUUGUUGAUGACCUGGUCAGCCGAUUAACACCGGAUAACGCUGUCACCAAUAAUGGUGUCCUACAGGUCGCACACUCCAUCUUCAAACGUUGGAGACCGCUUUUCCGCUCAGAUGAUUUGUUCACUGAGAUCAACCAUGUGCUGGGAAAGUUUGGCGGUCCGUUUCUUUCGCUCUUCGAAUCGACCGAUGCCUUGAUCGAACAAAACAAAGACAACAAGGCUGCUCUACAACAGCACUUUGCGACGCUAAAUCUUAUGAUUAAGCUCUUCUACGACCUUUCCUGCCAGGAUCUACCGCCAGUGUUCGAAGACCACUUGCCCGCAAUUACGACCCUGUUGCACAAAUAUCUCACCUAUGACAAUCCUCUGCUCCAUUCAGAUGACGAGUCUGAGUCGGGUCCUCUUGAAUUUGUCAAAGCUGGAAUCUUUGAGGCGUUGGUCCUGUACGUGCAAAAGUAUGAAGACGCAUUUGGUCCUUUGCUCGGUCCUUUUGUGGAGAGCUCAUGGGUCCUUCUCACUACCAUUGGACCGGAGACGAAAUACGACAUCUUGGUCAGCAAAGCGCUUCAUUUCCUCACCUCGGUCGCUCGCAUCUCGCACCAUGCGCAAAACUUCAAUAACGAGGGUGUCUUGGGUCAAGUCGUGGAAAAGGUUAUCCUGCCGAACCUCAGUUUACGGGAAUCGGACGAGGAACUGUUUGAGGAUGAGCCGAUUGAGUUUAUCCGCCGAGAUCUCGAAGGCUCGGACAGCGACACGCGCCGAAGAGCCUCUACCGAUUUCCUCCGACAACUCAUGGAGCAGUUUGAAGCGCUGGUUACUGCAGUGGUCUCGAGAUACGUGGAGCAUUACCUUGCAGACUAUGCCAAGGAUACGAGUGCGAACUGGAAGUCAAAGGACACUGCUGUCUAUCUCUUCUCGGCUAUUGCGGCCAAGGGCGCAACCACUUCUAUCCAAGGUGUAAAGACCACCAACCAACUUGUGGACAUUGUGGACUUCUUCCAGAAGAAUGUGGCGAGCGACCUGACUGGUGGUAGCGCGGUUCAGCCGAUACUCAAGGUCGGCGCUAUCAAAUAUCUCUACACCUUCCGGAGCCAGAUGACAAAGGAGCAGUGGCAAAGCGCUUUACCGCUUUUGGUCCAGCAUUUGGCCGAGUCGGACUAUGUGGUUUACACUUACGCUGCCAUCGUUCUGGAGCGUGUCCUCGUGCUCACUACAGAGACGCGUGAGCCGAUAUUCGGCAAGGCCGAGCUCCAGCCAUUGUCAAAGGACUUGCUGGAACAUCUCUUCCAACUGAUUGAAAAGGAUGCUGCUCCCGAGAAGAUUCAGGAGAACGAAUUUUUGAUGAAGUGUGUCAUGAGAGUUCUGAUUGUCAUCAGGGAUGGAGUUGUUCCGAUUGCAGACUCUGUCAUGACGCAUCUUAUCAACAUUACACAGAUCAUCAGCGCGAAUCCAAGUAACCCUCGCUUCUACUACUACCACUUUGAAUCGAUUGGUGCUCUGAUUCGAUUUGCCGCGCCGACGCAACCAGAGAAGAUGGAAAAUGCCUUCUAUGGCCCUUUUGCAACCGUCUUGCAGAAUGAUGUACAAGAAUUCAUGCCCUAUGUGUUCCAACUUUUCGCUGCGCUCCUCGAGGCCAACCCUUCAGGCUCAUUGUCUGAUUAUUACAAGUCGCUCAUCUCACCUAUUCUCAUGCCACCUCUUUGGGAAUCCAAGGGAAAUGUCCCCGCUCUGGUGCGAUUGCUCUCUUCGAUCAUUGCCCGUGCUGCGGAGGAUAUUGCCAAGGGCAAUCAGAUCGAACCGAUUUUGGGUAUCUUCCAGAAGUUGGUAUCGACAAAGGUGAAUGAGAGCUAUGGGUUCGACUUGCUCGAGUGUGUAGUGGAGCAUCUCCCUGUGACUGCUCUUCAGCAAUACUUUGUCCCAAUGGUCCAGAUUAUGCUCACCAGACUUCAAAGCUCUAAAACCGAGAACUUUGCGCUUCGAUUUGUGCGUUUCUAUCACUUUAUCUCAGCACUGGAUGACAAGGGCCUGGGCGCCGAUUUCUUCAUCAAUGUCACCGAACAGAUUCAAGCAGGUGUCUUCACCCCCGUAUAUAUUAGCAUCAUUCUCCCGGAGACCCAAAAGCUUGCACGUCCGCUUGAUCGCAAAACGGCCGUAGUGUCGUUUACAAAGACGCUCUCUGACUCUGUUGCCUUUGUCGAAAAGUACAAGAAGGGCUGGGCUUACACGUGUGAGGCCUUGCUCAAACUCUUGGAAAACCCUCCUUUGCCAGUCUCGGCGGAUGACACCAUUUUGGAUCAAGACGUCGAUGACGUGAGCUUUGGUGUUGGCUUCACGGCUCUGAACACGUGCAAGAAGGCGCCCACCGACCCAUGGCCUGAAAUCAGUGACGUGAAGAAGUGGGUGGGCUUGUACCUUCGACAGGCUGACGCGAAGCACGGCGGAAGGAUUUCUGUAUUUGCACAGGAGAGACUGUCGCCCGAGGCACGCCAGGUCCUUGCCGUCUACAUGCAGGGCUAGAAUUGCGCGUUUGGGGAUCAUGGCUUUUAUUUAAGAAUCUUCUUUUCUCAUUUAAGAAAGAUAAAAGUUUGCAUUUGCGGGCGGUCUAUCUAGAGGUUAUAUUGCACCUGCCAAUGGGGGCUUGUUUAUAUCCAUGGCGCAUUUCAAGUACAUAGGGGAAUAGUUCAGACAUGAG